AAACAGAAAAGUUUAAUAAACAGCGGACGGAGGGGCCGGCGGCGGCGGGGCCGGAGCGAUCAGGGGUUUGGCGGCCUCACCUGUCCCCAUUCACCGGCGGCGACCGGCGGCGGCAGGCAGCGCGUCAGGCGGAGGGAGCCGCCGCCAGGUGUGCAACAGAGGAACAUGGCUCAAGAAACUAAUCACAGCCAAGUGCCUAUGCUUUGUUCCACUGGCUGCGGAUUUUAUGGAAACCCUCGUACGAAUGGCAUGUGUUCAGUGUGCUAUAAAGAACAUCUUCAAAGACAGAAUAGUAGUAAUGGUAGAAUAAGUCCACCUGCGCCUUCUGUCACAAGUCUGUCUGAGUCCUUACCAGUCCAGUGCACAGACGGUAGUGUCCCAGAGGCUCAGUCAGCGCUAGACUCAACAGCUUCAUCUAUGCAGCCAAGCCCUGUGUCAAAUCAGUCACUUUUAUCAGAAUCUGUAGCGUCUUCCCAAGUGGACAGUACAUCUGUGGACAAAGCAAUACCUGAAACAGAAGACCUGCAAGCUUCCGUAUCAGAAACGGCACAGCAGGCAUCUGAAGAGCAAAGCAAGUCUCUUGAAAAACCAAAACAGAAAAAGAAUCGCUGUUUCAUGUGCAGAAAGAAAGUGGGACUUACUGGGUUUGAAUGCCGGUGUGGAAAUGUUUACUGUGGUGUACACCGUUACUCAGAUGUACACAAUUGCUCUUACAAUUACAAAGCUGAUGCUGCUGAGAAAAUCAGAAAAGAAAAUCCAGUAGUUGUUGGUGAAAAGAUCCAGAAGAUUUGAACUCCUGAUGGAAUACAAAAUCCUUUGACCAUCUGCAAACUAAAAACUGACUUGAGGUUUUUUUUCCUAGUCAUUGGGAAUGUAGAGCAAUGUAUCUUGCAUAGACCUUUAAUCAUACAUGUCAUCAGAAGAAUAGAUUUUUGUUUUUGUUUUGAAAAUGACUCUGAACAUUUAUUUCCAUUGCAGUUUCUGUGGCUGAAAAAAGUAAACUUUACGAGUAUUAUCCUUUUAAGAUCAUUUUAAUUUUAGUUGAGUGCAGAGGGCUUUUAUAACAAAUGUGGAGAAAUUUUGGAGGGCUGUGAUUUUUCCCAGUAUUAAACAUGCAUGCUUUAAUCUUGCAGUUUAUUUUCUCAUUGUGUAUGUAUAUAUAGCUUUUCUCUGCAGCACGAUUUCUGUUUUGAUAAUGUCCUUUAGGGCACAGCUAGUUACCAGUAACUGAAUGUAUCUUAAUCAUUAUGGCUGCUUCUGUUUUUCCUUAACAAAGGUUAUACAUAUGUUAGCAUAUAGUUUCUUUGCACCCACUAUUUAUGUCUGAAUCAUUUGUCACAGGAGAGUGUGUGCUGAUGAGAUUCUAAGUUUGUGUGUUUUUAAGUUUUUUUGAGCGAGGGAAGGAAAAGCUGUACGCAUUUCAUUGCUGACUGCAGGUUUCUUUCAGAUGAUGUUCAUCGGUCUGUGUGUAUACAAUAUGAAGAAUGAUCUGAAGUAAUUGUGCUGUAUUUAUGUUUAUCCUCCAGUCUUUGAUUAAAUAAAAAGGAAAACCAUAAAAAAAAAAAAAAAAAUAAGAA